AUGGAAGCCCCGUCUUCCCUUACGACCCCCAAGCGCAAACGUCCAUUGCCUUUCGAGCCGACCAUCCCCAACCUCAACCAGACCAGGGCUCUGACAGGCUUGACAGGGGAGUUCACAUUCGAAAUCAGAUCAUUCACAGAUGCCGAGGACGGCAGCAAGAGUCCGCGGACCACGGUAGCACACAGGCUACAACACCUUUUCCUUAAUGGCGGGGGUCUCGGCGGUACCUCUCCUGGUGGGGUCUUGGGUGGAGGCAUUGCGCCCGCACGAACAUCAACAUUGACAGCGUCGCAACCGUCCCUGUCACAACCACAACAAACAUCGUCGCAAACCCAGCAUCAACACUUUGGCUACCCAUUUCCACGCGUGUCACGGUCGCAAGACAUGCAGGAAUUCGAUGAGGAUCAUGGGCGACCAGACGGCCCCCGGAAACGAGUCAAGCUCCCCGAUCGAGACAUUGAUAUGACGGGUGUCGCCGAAACCCCAAUGCGGCCCCCCGCUUCGACGAACAAUGGCAGGACACCCUUUGAAGCUACCGGAUCGACUCCGAGUUCUUCAAUGCCGCCACCGUCCACUCCGAUCACUCAACAGUCAGGCUCUAUCAUCACUCCAGAUGGGCCGUUUCCGAAGCGGCGACUGGCGCCCAAGGGUGUUCAGUUCAACGUGGACCCCACCGGAGAACAACAUUCCAAAAUCAGAGACAGCAUGGGCGCAACAAGCGAUACAAGGAAUACCCAAACACCAAACAGCGCCCUCCAAAUACCGUCAUCCUCUCCCCUCUCCCAAAUCACCAAAGGGGUCGCCAACUUCAAUUCUACACCAACCCAGAGACCUUUAGCGUCGAAACCGGCCAACAUCAGUAUGGCUCCGCCGUCGUCGUUGUCAGGAGCGGCCGCAGCCAAGAUGUCUCGCAAAUCGAAAACACCGCCCCUCCAGCCUCAACCGGCCGCAUCCACCUCGACAUCCUCCCCCACCUCACCCACCAUAACCGACCCCCUCCGCGCCAGCCUCACGUGGCAAGAUUCAGAAAUCACGAUCUACGACCCGGACGACAGCGACGACGACGGUACCGGUAUCAACGGCAUCGGUUUCAAACCCACCCCGGAGAUGGAACACGCGCGCAGAAUGAAGCGCAAGAAGCAGCUAGCCGAGUAUCGCAAGCGCGAGAUGGGCGAGGCUCGCGCCAGGAGGAAGGAGCGAAGAGCGGGUGCUGACGGACUCGUGGGGAGCGGCACUGAUGGUGGCGGACCCAAGGGCAAAGAUGUCAUUGCGACUGCUAAGGGCAAGCUGAAGGCCGAGAAGAGAAGGGUCAGGUUCAUGGAGACGGCGAUGAAGACGGUGGUUGAGUUGCCGCCGCCGUCGGUCACGAUGAUGGAGAGUGUGACACCGACUGUGACGCAGACUGAGACGGCAGCUGCGAUGGAGGUUUUUGGAGGCACGGGUGUGGGUGAUGGCGGCGAUGAUGAUGGUGAUACAAGCGUCUCUGGCAUGGCUGGCGCUGGCGCUGACCCUGCUGUGGCUGAGGCUUAA